AUGGCUCCGACAGCUGCUACAACUAGGCCCACAGCCAGCGCAAAGCUCCGCUCCGCAACCGGAAACCGCUGGGCAGCCACCGCUGUACUCUGGAAUCUUAAUGAUGCAAUAAUUCCUUUCUCCCAGGGAUUGACCAAGCGCUUAAAGAAAAUUAGCAAGACGAUCGAUCAACUCCUGGAGAAGAUAAUAGACGAGCAUGAACAAGUUGCCAACACUAGGAGUGGGAAACAAGGCCAUGAGUAUUUUUUAGACGUGUUGCUUUCAUUAACGAACCAACAGUUGAACCCGAAUGAUGAGCAAGUACACUUUCUUGAUCAAACAAAUGUGAAAGCCAUCUUACUAGAUAUGAUCACGGCGGCUUUUGAUACUUCGGCCACAUUGAUUGUUUGGAGCCUUGCCGAGCUCUUGAGGCAUCCAAGGAUCAUGAAGAAUCUCCAAGAAGAGCUCCAAAGUGUGGUUGGUAUGGACCGAAUGGUGGAAGAAUCUGAUUUGCCCAAGCUGGAUUACUUGAGUAUGGUGGUGAAGGAGAGCUUCAGACUACACCCAGUUGCACCGUUACUAAUCCCACAUGAACCCAUCGAGGACAUUACAAUCAAUGGAUAUGACAUUCCCAAGAAAUCGCGGAUCAUAGUAAACAUAUGGAGCAUUGGAAGAGAUCCUAAUGUUUGGUCCGAAAAUGUUGAGGAAUUUUAUUCUGAAAGGCUCAUGAACAGCAAUAUAGACCUCCGGGGACAUGACUUUCAGCUCAUCCCAUUUGGGUCUGGGCGUAGAGGGUGUCCUGGUAUGCAAUUAGGACUAACCACAGUUCGGCUAGUUUUGGCACAGCUGGUGCACUGCUUUAACUGGGAGCUCCCAAAUGGCUUGGUACCUCAAGACUUGGACAUGUCUGAGGAUUUCGUCUUAUCACUGUCAAAAGCCAAACACUUGCUUGCUAAGCCAACGUACCGUCUUAUGUAGGUUACUUUUUCAAUGUAAUCUUUUGAUUAUGGAAUCUUAUGUAGUGUGUUGGAUCUCAACAAAUAUUCAUCCAUAGUUUGUUGGAUCUCAACAAGCAUUCAUCCA